CAUGGAAUCAAACUGGUGCCGCUGCUUGCCAAGAUCGUGGAAUGCAAAUGCGUAGUUUUGCUAUGCUAUUGCCAUGUGGAAUUUCAUUGUUCUCGGGUGUUGAAUUUGUUUGCUGUCCAAAACAUUUUAAAGAAUCGAUGAAAGUGAAAAAGACUGAUUUACCGGUUAUGCCACCAGAAGAUAUUUUGCCAUCUUUAGACGAUGAAGCUGAUGACAUAGAUGAUGACACUGAUGAAGAUGAUAUCGAAAGCGAUGAAGAUAUGUUGGCAGAUGAAGGUUCCGAUAACGACGACGAAUAUGAUGAAGAUAUCGAUGAAAGUGAACAAGAAGACGAGGAAACUUGGAAUAAGUUAUCGACACCACACUUCAAAAAUGGCAUUGAAUUCGUUUCUUCUACAAGCACAACACCAAAAACUACAGAUUCAGCAUCAAGUACCCCAUCUUUGAUUGAUCCUUACUUCACUCACUUUGACCCGCGAUCAGAACAUCAAAGUUACAAGGAGGCCCAACAACGUUUGGAGGAAAUGCAUCGUGAAAAAGUAACACGUGUUAUGAAAGAUUGGUCUGAUUUGGAAGAAAAAUAUCAGGACAUGCGGUUGGCUGACCCAAAAGCUGCACAAAGUUUCAAACAAAGGAUGACAGCUCGCUUCCAGACUUCUGUACAGGCACUUGAAGAGGAAGGCAAUGCUGAAAAACAUCAAUUGGCUGCAAUGCAUCAACAACGUGUUUUGGCUCAUAUCAAUCAGCGCAAGCGUGAGGCAAUGACCUGCUAUACUCAAGCUUUAACCGAACAAAUGCCGAAUGCUCAUCGAGUUGAAAAAUGUUUGCAAAAACUACUUCGCGCUUUGCAUAAGGAUCGUGCUCAUGCUUUGGCUCAUUAUCGUCAUUUGUUAAGUGCGGGUGGAAAUGGUGGUUUAGAAGCAGCCGCAUCGGAGCGUCCACGAACAUUGGAGCGUCUUGUUGAUAUUGACCGUGCGGUGAAUCAAUCGAUGGCCAUGCUUAAGCGUUAUCCAGAACUUUCGUCGAAAUUAUCACAACUGAUGUUGGAUUAUGUUCAGGCUUUACGUUCAAAAGAUGAUACACCUGGAUCAAUGUUAGGUAUGACAGAAGAAGAAGAGGCAGCUAUUUUAGAUAAAUAUCGAAUCGAAAUUGAACGUAAAAUCAAUGAAAAAGAACGCCAACGCAUCGCUGAAAAACAACGUAAAGAACAGCGUGCUGCUGAAAGAGAAAAGCUUCGAGAAGAAAAACUACGAUUGGAAGCUAAAAAAUUAGAAGAGAUGGUAAAACAACAAGAAAAGCAAGAAAGCAGCAGCAUUACUGAUAUUGAAGACGAUACAACCAAAGAUUUUACCGAUGACAUCUCAGUACAAUCAUCACCGACACCAUUGCCAACAGUCGAUGAUUCCGCCGUUCAACGUGCUGUCGAAGAAGUAGCUGCCGCUGUCGCUCACCAGGAAGUUGAACCACGCAUGCAGCACAUCCUUCAGCAUGAUCUGGGACAUGGUGAAGCUGGUUUUUCUGUGCGUCGUGAGUUUUAUGGGCCAGUUGGACACGAUGGACGUAAUGUUUAUUUCACACUAGCAUUUGCUGGUAUUGCUUUGAUGGCAGCCGUUUUUGUUGGUGUUGCUAUUACUAAAUACCGUGCAUCAAGACAUCCUCACGCACAAGGUUUCGUUGAAGUUGAUCAAGCAAUUGGAGCUCCAGUUACACCAGAAGAAAAGCACGUAGCCAACAUGCAAAUCAACGGUUAUGAAAAUCCAACGUACAAAUAUUUUGAAGUAAAAGAGUAAAUACCUUUUACACACACACACACACACACACAUACACUCACCUUACCCUGAAUAAGAAUAUUGCGACACUUUUUGAUUUCCAAAACACCGAAGAUGUAAACACAUACAUAAAUUGAUUGAAAUAGAUUUGAAUUUUACACGUAGCUAACAUUUUUUCAAUCAAAAGCAAAAACACAUUUGAAAUAAAAAAAAAAACAGAUAGAGCAUUUAAUAAAUUUACAAAACUAAAUAAAUAAUGUUAUUUGAGCGAUGAUGAAAGAUAAAUAGCACUUACAACAUAUAUGUGAAAGCCCAUCAGUUAAAAAGAGCUGAAAAUAAUAACAAAGAAGCUAGUAGCAGUAAUAAUAGUAACAAUAAAAUUAAUUGCGUAAAUUUAUAUAGUCAAGUAUUUAUAUAUACAAAAAUCUAUUUAUUAUUAUGUGUAAAUUUAGAGUGCUAGAAGAUUUGGUUUGAUUAUUAUCAUUAUACCUCAGUCGUCUUCUAAGUAAUAUUUCUUUACGCAACAUUAAAACUUGAACAUUUCCUUGAUUUGUGUAGUUGGGAUUAACCAUUGCUAAGAAAAAUGCUGAUCCAUAGCUCAAACCUAAUGUCUGAUUUUAUUCAUUCUUUGAUCUUUGUCUCUCGGAAUGAACAAAUCAAAUAAUGAAUUUUUGAAUUUGUGAGAGACCACCCAUAUGAAAUCUCAACGCUAUGCGCGUCAAAUCGACGUUAUUCGACGCUAUUCCAUGUGUAUAUAGAAUUGUACAUUAUGUUUUACAGUGCUGUGCAAGCAUGCGGCCUUAUACACAGUAACACACGAACUCCGUUUAUGUGCGCGCGUUGCCUGUUAUGUUUUGUGUAUUGAAUUGCGACUCAAUCACAGUAGACGGCGCAAGCACUGUAAAACAUAAUGUACAAUUUCAUAUAUACACAUAGAAUAGCGUCGAAUAACGUCGAUUUGACGCGCAUAGCGUUAAGGUUUCAUAUGGGCAAAUAGAAAAUUAGAACGUCAACUUCAGAAGCAAUGGCUAUAGUUGAAUACAAGUCCAAGCAAUAAGUGUUUAUUAGCUGCCACGAUUAACAAUUUAAAUGUGAAAUUGUCAAUAUGAUUUUAUUUUCAGCUUAUUAGUUAGGGUUAAGCAUAAAUAGAUUAUUGGGUGUGUGCAUUAAUUUUAAAGGAUUUUAGUGUUCAAAGAUACAUUUUUUCCAAAACUAAAUGAAUGAGUACAUUAACCAUGUAUUGGCCAUCGUUAGCUAUGACUUCCGCCCAUCUUCUUGAUAGCUUGUCGAUAUCGCGUCGAAAGAAUUCCUCAUCUUUUGAAGCUAUCCAUUGAUCGACUCAUUUUCGCACUUUCUCAGCAUUUCGAAACGAUAUCUCGGACAAGCCCAUUUGCAUCGAUUGGAACAAGUGGUAAUCAGAAGGAGCAAGGUCUGGAGAGUACGCCGGUUGAUUAAGCCGAUCCCAACCGAAGUCUUCUAUCUUUUUUUACAAUGUUUGAAAUAUGUCAAAUUUUGAAAAAUCCUUCGACUAUUUCUUGUCGCAGUUUUUUUCCAUUUUUUUCUCAGUACUCUGCUCAAACGUAUUGGUUGUAGUCAAUAUCGAUCCCCCAUAACAGUUUCACCCGGUUUCAGCAGCUCAUUAUACACCACACCACUUUAACCCCACCAAAUAAUGAGCAUUACCGAGAAAUCAUCAAAAUCCUGCUAUGCUGUCAAUUUUGAUGAUUGUGUGAAAUUGAACCAUUAUUUUUAUGCCUAAGGUAAUCGCAGCAGAUGCCCACUUCACUUCCAGUUACAAUACGAUACAAAAAUUCAUGUAUUUCCUAUUUUUGGGAACAUUGUGACAAAAUGUGAAAAAACGUGUUGCAAUGACUUUUGGCUUCAGUUCGUGUGGCACACAAUUUCUUUGGUCUUACCUCAUUAUAAAUGUCUUAAAACGAUUGAUUCGCAUAUUUUUAAUGCUUCUGAUGUUUUCUGAUGCAUUUUCAUGCAUCUUUAUCGAAUAAAAAACGCAAAUAGCCCGUCAUUCAAUUUUUUUUGGUGAGUUCGCAGUUUUUCAACAAAUUCACCACUUCUUUUUCACCAAGUGAAAAAAUUGAACCAAAAGAGGGCCAGUGAGAAAAACACGUUUUCAUCACUCAUUUUGAAUCGAUCAGAAAAUGAUGACACUGUGUCAAAAAUAAAUCUUUCUGCUCUGAAUUAGAUUGACAAAUGUCACAUCUACAAAAUGCAAAUGGAUUCACCUGUUAGUAACAAGGUGGUAGUAAGCUACACACUAUUUUAAGUUACGCCAUCUCUUAUCAAUCCCUUGUUGUUUAACAAAAAGAGUGGGCUCAUCACUCCUUUUUCACUGAUGGAUCAGUCAGAGAAACAGGCAGUGGCUGUGGGUUCUACUGUGAAACAGAGAACAUUAUUCACUCAAUUCCCCUGGGACGGAUAACAACAGUCAAACAGGCCGAAAUAGCUGGAAUUUUUCAUUGUGCAAACAAAAUAAUGGAGGGCACUGUGGAGGGUAACAUUGCAAUCUUCACUGAUAGCCUAGGUGCUAUAUCGGAUCUUCAAAGAUUCAAGGUGGAGAGUAGCUUGGUUAUGAACUGCUACAGAGCACUACAAUGUAUUGCCGAAACAAACACUCUUAGAGUUGUUUGGAUCAGGUCGCAUAUUGGUAUAAGGGGGCACGACCUUGCAGAUGAGGCCGCUAAAACAGCAUCCCUUAGUGCACUGGAAGGCCCCGAACCAUUUCUACCAAUAGAUUAUUCACGGGUCAGGGGCACUGUUGCAACCUGGCUCAAAAAUAAAACUUGCCUCUAUUGGCGGGGUACUUUUACAUGUGAACAAACGAAACAUUUCGUGCAGUCCCCAUGUCCCAGACUUACACAGAGAAAAAAAAUUUGGUAAAUGUAAAGGGUAAUUUGU